AUGGUCGGCUUUGUGGAUCUCUUGGCUGGCGCCUGCCUUCUCCCGGCAGUUUAUGGCUUCAACUCUAUGCCCUUUCCAAGGGCCACCACUAGCUCGGCGUAUCACCAGUUCAGCCUCCCUGCCUCUGCCGACAUCGGUGCAAACUUGAUCGCUAAUAUCGAUGACCCCGAGGCUAUCAACGCACAGUCCGCCUGUCCUGGGUAUAAGGCAUACAAUGUGCAGAACACUACUAACGGGGUCACGGCCACCUUGCAGUUGGCUGGUCAGGCUUGCAAUGCUUAUGGAACGGAUAUCGAGUCCCUGGACUUGACCGUCGAGUACCUUGCGAAAGACCGCCUGAAUGUCCUCAUCACACCCAGCCAUGUUGAUGCCUCUAAUGCUUCUUGGUAUCAUCUCGACGAGCAUGCUGUACCCCGUCCUUUGGCCGACAAGAAAGGCGCUUCAGACGACGAAAGUGAUCUCGUGUUUACGUGGUCCAACGACCCUUCUUUCAGUUUUACGGUGAUGCGCAAGUCUACUGGAGAUGUGCUCUUUGACACCGUGGGAUCCGUCCUGGUGUACCAGAAUCAGUUCAUUGAAUUUGUCACCGCCCUGCCCGAUAGCUACAACCUGUAUGGCCUUGGGGAACACAUCCGGCAGCUGCGCCUUCUGCCAAACGCUACCAUGACCAUCUAUAAUGCCGAUGCUGCGGAUCCAAUUGAUAGUAACAUUUAUGGAACCCAUCCUUUCUAUCUGGAUACCCGUUACUAUGAGAUCGAUGACCAAAGCAACCGAACUCCCGUUUCGAGCGAUGAUGCAGACCCCGAAAAGGACUAUACGUCCUACUCCCAUGGUGUUUUCCUGCGAAACGCCCACGGCCAGGAAAUCCUCACAGGAGCUCAGAAUCUGACCUGGCGUACGCUCGGUGGUAGCAUUGACUUAACCUUCUACGAAGGCCCUACCCAGCCUGAGGUGACCACGAACUACUUGAAAAGUACCAUCGGAUUGCCUGCGAUGCAGCAAUACUUUACCUUUGGCUAUCACCAGUGCCGCUGGGGUUACUCCAACUGGUCUAUGGUGGAGGACGUUGUAGCAAACUUUGAAAAGUUUGAGAUUCCUCUCGAGAACAUCUGGAACGACAUUGAUUACAUGAAGACUUGGCGUGAUUUCGAUAAUGACCCGGUUCGUUUCUCCUACGGUGAGGGACAGAAAUUUCUGGAGAAGUUGCACAAGAGCGGCCGUCACUAUAUACCUAUUGUCGAUUCAGCUCUGUAUAUCCCAAACCCGCACAACGAAUCCGAUGCCUAUGAUACGUAUACACGUGGUGCCAAGGAUGAUGUCUUUAUCAAGAACCCUGAUGGAAGCACAUACGUCGGCGCUGUCUGGCCUGGAUACACAGUGUUCCCCGACUGGCACCAUCCCAAGGCUGGCGCCUUCUGGGCCAAUGAGAUUGCAACCUGGCACGACAAGAUUCCUUUCGAUGGCAUCUGGAUUGACAUGAGCGAGGUGUCUUCCUUCUGUGUCGGAAGCUGCGGAUCUCACAACCUUAGCAUGAACCCUAUCCUGGGUACCACCCUCCCUGGAACCCCCGGAAAUCUGGUUCUUGAAUAUCCGGAAAGCUUCAACGUCACUAACUCGACGGAGGCGACUUUGGCCUCGGCAGCAUCGUCGAGUCAGGCUGCCGCUAUCGCUGCCACUUCGUCAUCUGCGGCAAACUAUCUACGCACUACUUCUACUCCGGGUGUGCGCGACAUCAAUUACCCUCCUUAUGUGAUCAACCACGUCCAACCCGGCCAUGACCUCGCUGUGCACGCCGUGUCCCCCAAUGCGACACAUUCGGAUGGUGUCCAGGAAUACGAUGUGCACAACCUCUUCGGAACUCAGAUCCUCAACGCCACUUAUCACGGUUUGCUUGCUGUCGCCCCCGAGAAGCGCCCGUUCAUUAUUGGACGUUCGACUUUUGCAGGCUCUGGCAAGUGGGCAGGGCACUGGGGAGGUGACAACUACUCCAAGUGGGCAUACAUGUUCUUCUCCAUCCCCCAGGCGCUGUCUUUCUCUCUAUUCGGUGUUCCCAUGUUCGGCGUCGACACCUGUGGCUUCAACGACAACACCGAUGAGGAGCUCUGCAACCGCUGGAUGCAGUUGUCUGCAUUUUUCCCCUUCUACCGAAAUCACAACACCCUUGGCGCCAUCGCCCAGGAGCCGUACCAAUGGGAAUCUGUCAUCGAGUCUUCCAAGGCCGCGAUGAAGAUCCGUUACGCCAUCCUGCCGUACUUCUACACUCUUUUCCAUCUGGCACACACCACCGGAUCAACUGUCAUGCGCGCACUGGCCUGGGAAUUCCCACAAGACCCUUCCUUGGCCGCAGUCGACACUCAGUUCCUCCUCGGUCCCUCGAUUAUGGUUGUCCCAGUCCUCGAGCCCCAGGUCGACACCGUCAAGGGCGUCUUCCCUGGCGUCAAACAGGGUGAGGUCUGGUACGACUGGUACACCCAGACUGCGGUUGACGCUGAACCAGGCGUCAACACUACCAUUCCCGCUCCUCUGGGCCACAUUCCCGUGUUUGUCCGUGGUGGCAGUGUUCUUCCUAUGCAGGAGCCUGCUCUCACCACCCGCGAUGCCCGAAACUCUCCGUGGUCCCUUCUCACCUCACUCAGCGGCAAGGGCACUGCAUCUGGCGAGCUUUACCUCGAUGAUGGCGUGAGCAUCUCGCCUGGGGCUACCCUCGAUGUCAAGUUCCAUGCCACUAACUCUAGCCUUAGUGCUAUAGCCUCUGGUAACUGGAAGGAGACCAAACCGCUUUCGAAAGUUACUAUCUUGGGUGUGUUCCAGAAACCUGACGGCAUGACUCUGAAUGGCAAGGCUAUCCCCGACUCAGUCGUGCAGUACAAUGCUACUUCGCAUGUCUUGUCGAUCGGUGGUUUGCAGAAUGCUACCUCCGAGGGAGCUUUCAGCAAGAACUGGGUUUUAAAGUGGUAA